AUGGCUACAGAUAUCGAGAAGAUGCCGGCCAAGGCAGCCGCCGAUCUCGAAACCGGGUCCGGCUCCGCUGGCCAUGGAGAUAUCGCCGAAGAAAGCGGUGGGCUCAAGAAGGAGCUAAGGAACCGGCACAUGCAGAUGAUUGCCAUCGGCGGCGCGAUAGGUGCCGGUCUCUUCGUCGGCUCGGGCGGCGCCUUGUCGAAAGGCGGUCCGGCGUCUUUGGUCAUCUGCUAUACCAUCGUCGGCAUCAUGCUGCUAUUCACUUGCCAGGCCCUUGCCGAGUUGGCCGUGUUGUAUCCCGUCAACGGCGCUUUCUACACCUAUGUCGUCCGCUUUCUGGACCCUUCAUGGGGCUUUGCCAUGGGCUGGGACUAUGCGCUGUCUUGGCUGACGAUCCUCCCGUUCGAGCUGAUUGCGGCGUCCAUCACGAUUGAGUUCUGGCGCGAAGACAUCAAUAUGGGCGUGUGGGUCACCAUGUUCCUCGUGAUCCUAUGUAUCAUCCAGGUCUUUGGUGUCCGUGGCUACGGUGAAGUCGAAUUUGUCCUCAGCAUGAUCAAAAUCGCAGCUUGCGCGGGAUUCAUCAUCCUCGGCAUCGUCAUCAACACUGGCGGUGUCGGCGAUCGAGGCUAUCUCGGCGCCCGGUUCUGGCACGAUCCCGGCGCCUUCAAGAACGGGUUCAACGGAUUUGCCGGCGUCUUCGUCAUCGCCGCCUUCUCAUUUGGUGGCACCGAGCUCGUCGGUCUCGCCGCUGCCGAGUCGGAGAAUCCUCGUAAGGCCAUUCCUACGGCCUCGAAGCAGGUGUUUUGGCGUAUCGCCUUUUUCUACAUUGUUAACCUCUUCAUCCUCGGCUUGAUCCUGCCCUCGACCGACAACCGGCUGUUGAACUCGUCUGGAGCAAAUACCAAGGCCUCGCCCUUCGUUCUCGCCAUCCAAGACGCUGGAAUCCAGGUGCUUCCGUCCAUCAUGAACGCCGUCAUCACCGUUGCUGUCAUCAGCGUGGCCAAUUCGUGUACCUUUGGCUCGACGCGGACGAUGCAGGCUCUUGCGACACAGGGAAUGGCUCCCAAGUUCUUGGCCUAUAUCGACAGUCACGGCCGCCCGCUGUGGUGCGUCGUGGUCCAGCUUGCGUUUGGGCUGUUGGCCUAUAUCGGUCUGGCGGCCGGCGGUAACGUUGUCUUUACCUGGCUGCUCGCCCUCUCAGGCCUCUCGUACUUCUUCGUCUGGGGCUCCAUUUGCCUGGCGCACAUUCGUUUCCGCUACGCCUGGAAGGCGCAGGGAUACACGCUCGAUCAGAUCCCCUAUAAGCCCGCUCUAGGAGUCUAUGGGAGCUGGAUCGGCUUUAUCCUCAACCUGCUCUGCCUCAUCGCCACCUUCUACAGUGCGCUCUAUCCCGACCUGGAAUCGACUCCCGAGGCUGAGGUGUUCUUUCAGCAGUAUCUUGCCCUUCCCAUCGUCCUUGUACUGUACCUGGGAUGGAAGGUUUAUUCCGGGGACUGGAGGAUGUGGAUUCCUGCGCAUGAAAUCGAUCUGGUGACGGGUGCACGAAUGCACGUACCGGGCGAUGACGACGGUAACCCCGUGCUGGAGAGGACAUGGAAGAACCUGCCAAAGCGUGUCGCGAAUGCUCUGUUUUAG